AUGGAGGAUCAUAUUGCUAGAGCAGAGAAAUUUGAAAAGAAAGCAAAUAAGAAGCUUCAUGGAUGGAGAGUUUUUGGUUCCAAACGCGAUGAUAUUGCCGAACUGUUGGAUCAUGCUGCCACCUCUUACAAACUCGCCAAAGCCUGGGAUAAAGCGAAAGAAAUGUACAUCAAGUUGGCAAAGUAUCAUUUGAAGACCAAAACCGAACAUGAAGCCGCCGCCACAGCUUUUGUUAAUGCUGCACAUUGCUGCGACAUAACAUCUGUUGAUGAGGUCAUUUCUUGUCUAGAGCAGGGAGUCGAUUACCUUCUCGAAACCGGAAAUUUCAAUGCAGCUGCAACAUGUUUUGACAAAGCUGCACGCUUGUAUAAGGAAAUUGCGGAACUAUAUGAAUCCCAAGAGAAUAUUGAGAAGGCUAUUGAGUUCUUCGAAAAGGCAUCUGAGCUCCCUUCAAAUGAAGAAUUAUCAAGUUCCGUGAACCAGUGCUAUGAAAAAGCCGCUCAACUUGCUGCUCAGAUUGAGCAAUAUCCCAAGGCCAUUGAAAUCUACGAAAAUAUGGCGAGUUACUCGCUCAACCACAGAUUGCUCAAGCACAAAGUUAAGGGGCAUCUUUUCAAGGCCGGAAUAUGCAGGCUCUGCAGAGGAGAUGACGCUGCAGUUGCAAUGGUCAAGCAAUACGCAGAUUCAUAUCCAAGUUUUCGUGAUACAUGGCAGUGCAAAUCCCUGGAGGAUAUAGCAGUUUCAGUUAAUAAACGUGACCUUACCAUGUUCCGUGAUGUGGUGAAGGAAUUCAAAGGUAUGACACCACUGGAUUCAUGGACAACCAACUUGCUGUUGAGAGUGGAGGAGAAGCUGAAAACUUCGAAGUCCGUGAGAACGCGACGGCCAACCAAGGCGUUAGACUUGAAACCUAGCUCCACCACUAAAUUUGGUGAUAGAGGGAAGCAAAGGAAGAUGUGCACCGGCUUGGAAAGAUCCCGGACGACUAUAGGGGGCACGUCAACGACGACAGGAAGUAAACUCUUGCCGUCUAGCUCAAGGAUCAAAACCGGUGUUGAUACAAGCAAGGAGGAGAUCAGGAAUAUGGGAGAGAUGCUUCUGACGAAUUGGCCGUUCCUCGCAGAGACCUUCAGACAAGCCUUCUUAUCGGCCGGCCAAAUGUCCUCCAUAAGGGACUUACCUUCAAAAGAAGCUUGCAUGUGA